ACCUAUCUUCUCGGUCCUCCCUGACAUGUCCCCCUUUCUCCUCCUCUGUUCACCGGUGCGCUUCAGCUUGUCGUAGGCUACAUCAGCGCGCGACUCCUCGUGUGCAGUUCAGUUUGAGCUCACUCUUUCCAACACAUCCUGCACACUUUGCAGGCGGACUUGCGAGGGACUAGAGAAACCUAUGGGGUGGGCGUAAUUUUCUUUCAUUACCAAAUUCGUGAUCCUAAAGGAAACUCGUUUAUUAAUUUUUUUGUUUUGUUUACGUUUGUGUUUUGUCUCGUGCUCACUCGUCGCACUUUAUCAGCUGUAUCACAAUAUGUUGCCUCAUUGUGAACGGUAAUUCGGAGAGACAAAACCCAACUUAAUGCAUAAGUAGAUUUUCUGUGGUUUCCAGUCGCUGUGGUGGUUUGCACACAUUGCUAUCCACGGGACCCCGGACAACCAAGUGUUAAGUCGAUGUGAAUGCGCAGCGGCAGCGCAUCGAUUAUACUGCACGGAACAGCACAGUCUUUGCUCUCCGAGUUGGAUCAGAUAAAGCUCAGAGAUUCUCGGUCCAUCCUACAGCCAGCAGCCACGGUGCCGGCUCCGGCCCUUGGUUUCCGUCUGAGGCGAGGCCACUUGGGAGUGCUGGUGUAGUGGAGGUAUGGACUGUAACUGUGUUAGUGACCUGCUGCUCACGCCACCUGUCCCAACCCUCUGGACACCAGGCAUCGCCUUCCCAGACUGGGCCUAUAAGCCAGAAUCAAGCCCAGGCUCCAGGCAGAUCCAGCUGUGGCACUUCAUCCUGGAGCUGCUGCAGAAGGAGGAAUACCACGGGGUGAUUGCCUGGCAGGGAGACUAUGGAGAAUUUGUGAUCAAAGACCCAGAUGAGGUGGCAAGACUGUGGGGCAUUCGGAAGUGCAAACCUCACAUGAACUACGACAAGCUCAGCCGAGCACUAAGGUACUACUACAAUAAACGCAUUUUGCACAAAACUAAAGGAAAGCGCUUCACCUACAAAUUCAACUUCAGUAAGGUGGUUCUGGUGAAUUACCCACUGCUGGACAUGGCCAGCUCUCCGUUCCUGUUGGCCCAGAACCACUUCAAUGGAGGAGGAGCAACACCAGACUGCAGCCCUGUCACGCCUGAGGCCCUUCAGUCUUUAUUCCCUCGUUUACCUGAAUCAGGUCGAGGGCCCUCUAUAUUUGAGCGCACUGCAGGGGCCCCAGGGCCUGAAGGGGACAAGCUGAGACUGGACACUUUUCCUUUCCUCGGCUCAGGGGCUCCUUGUUACUCCAAACCUCCAUCCCUUUUGGGUCCUUACCCACGGAACCCCUCUUUUGACUACCCCUGGGGCUUCAACCCAUAUCUCCCAGGGGCCUUUUCUCUGAACAACUGUCCCAAAUUGCCCCCAGGCUCCCUCUACUCUUCACAUUUCUAUCCCAGCCCACUCCAUUCCAGCCUGUCUCAGCUGUCACACCCCUUCUCUUCGCUCUUACCCCCCGGAUACACUUCCGGGGCAGAACGUGGUCAAACGGGAGGAGCAAAUGGCUCUGCAGGUGGUCAACCUCCCAGACUCUGCAUCCCACCAUACCCAGGGAACUUGCCACUCGGACGGACUGAGCCGGGGAACGGGGGUACAGGUGUGGGUGACCGGGAAAGAGGGGAGACCAACACUGGCAUAAUGGGUGGAGGUCUUGGUUUGGGGUUAGGCCUAGGAUUGGGUUUGGGUGGAGUUGGCAUGGGAAAUGGAGGAGGAGGCCGUCAAAGCCCUUCUGAGCGGAGAAAGGGUGUGAAGCAGGAUCCGGAGUCUGACUCUGAGCUGGAGAUCACAGACUUGAGCGACUGCAGCUCAGAGAAUGAGAACGAGCGGGACUUCUCUCUGGGGAAGGAGCCAGGGCUGGGUGGUCGCUCACACCCUCUAGAGGCCAAAACUGGGGGUCUCGGGGGAGUUUUGCCCCCUCUCUCUUCUCUUCCUCCACCUGUGUCUCCGCAUCCCCUCAAAAGACUGGGACCCCUGACUCCUCCACCAUCAUCCCUGCCUCCAUCCCUCUCGCCUUCCCUCACUAUAAUCGACCGGCACAGGGAAACAGAGACACUUAAACUUGCUCACAGUUAAUUUGUUCUGUUGUGUGAGAUUUUUUUUA